AUGGCGGAAAACUCGGGAGUGGCGACAGAACGGAGCGACGACAAUGCUUUGACGAGCCGCUUCACAGAUGAUAUCAACAGGAGUACGAGCAGUUCGAAUACACUAGAGAGAGAAGAUCCGAUAACUCGGGUUGGGAGGUUCAAGUUGAGGGGGAAGACGGAUGAUUUACCUCAAGACUGGUGGUUUGCAUCAACCGCCAUUCCCCUCCUAGCUGCAACACUUGGGCCCUUAGCCAACGUUCUAUCCAUCGCAGCCCUAGUGUCCAAAUGGCGGGUCACCCUCCCAGACAACGGUCAGCUACCCGAAGGAACGGAUGAUGCUGGCAUAGAUAUACCCGAUCCACACUGGGAGAUUGUUCUGAAUGCCGUAUCCCUAGGCCUUGGAUAUUUCGGCAACUUCUGCCUUCUGCUGAACUUCACAAGACGUGUUCGAUAUAUCAUUGCGCUUCCCGCUACAAUUAUAAGCUGGUACAUGGCUACGGGCAUUCUGAUUAGUAUUAUUGUGGCUAUGAAUAAAUAUGUACCGCCCGUUAGGCCAGGAGAAACGUAUUCUCAGGGCUUCUGGCACGCUAUUAUUGCUGCCUCGCUAUAUCUAAUUGGCUCGAUGAUUCUGAUGGUCAACAUGCUGGGGUACUUCUUAGGGCAUUAUCCUCAGCAUUUUGAACUAGAUGAUGACCAACGGACGCUUAUAUUGCAGACCAUGAUGUUUUUCUUCUGGCUUGCCGGAGGCGCUGCUGUCUUUUCUAAAGUCUGCGGGUGGAACUAUGCCGAUGCCCUUUAUUUCUGCGACGUCACUGUGCUGACUGUUGGCUUCGGUGAUUUCGUUGGCAACAACAAUGCUGGUAGGGGAUUAGUCUUCCCUUAUUCGGUUGGGGGUAUCAUAUUCCUGGGUCUCAUGAUCAACAGUAUCCGGAAAUUCACAUUAGGGAUGUCCAAAGAUAAAGUUAUCAGGAAGCAUCAACUCAAAGAGAGGCAGAAAACGUAUGGCCGCUCAGUCACGAGUGAGAAAGAGCUUCGGGAGCGACUCGGCUUGCCUCCCCGCAGAGAUCCAGUCUUAGAUGUCCGGCGGUCUUCUUUUGCUCUCACCCGGAGGUCAUCAUCUGUUGCCUCCCUGAAGAAUAGACGGGAGUCUCUCGAGCAAUAUGGUCAUUUUGACAUCCACGGGCGUAGUAUUACCUUUCAUGAAAAAAAGAAACCCACAGGAGGUGGUGGGCGCGGCGGUGCAGGCAGAAGGCACAAAUCGCAACCGGCUCUCAGUCGCGACGCGAAAAUGCAACAGCGAGCAGCAGGAAGAGGUCCUCAAUCGCGACGCGCAUAUAAACGAGAGAAAUUACUUAUGCUGAAAGAGGAAAAGGAUCGUUUCGAUGCUAUGAGGGACAUACAAGCACGUACCCACAAGUUCGAGCAGUAUUUCGCCCUUAGCAUGUCUGCAUUGGCAUUUAGUAUCCUCUGGUGCGUAGGCGCGGUGGUCUUUAUGGUGGCUGAACGCCGCAUUCAAAACAUGUCCUAUUUCGAAUCUUUGUAUUUCUGCUACGUCUCCCUUCUUACCAUUGGCUACGGCGACUUCAGCCCCAAAUCCAAUGCCGGGAAACCAUUUUUCGUCGUCUGGUCACUCAUUGCUAUCCCCACCAUGACAAUCCUUAUCUCCGACAUGGGCGAUACUGUCGUGUCUGCAAUCAACCGUGGCACUUUCACGGUUGCAGAUUGGACGGUGAUGCCGAAAGAGGGAAUUUGGCGUGAUUUUCUCGAAAGUCACCCUAAGCUUCGUUCGUGGUUGGAGCGGAAGACGAAAGAGCGGCAGGCGAAGAAGAGGGUUGAACAUGGUUUUGAGCUACAGAAUCCGGAUGAGGAAUCUACACUUGAAGGAAACGGGCACGGCAAUAAUCCCCUCACGCUGGAAAACCUAGCAGAGGAACGACCAGAAGCCACCGAACAUGAGUUAGCGAGAAAACUCGCACUCGCUAUUAAACGCACGGCGAAUGAUUUGCGCGUUGAUCAUGCGAAGAGAUAUACUUAUGAGGAAUGGGUUGAGUUCACGCGGCUGAUCAAGUUUAGCAGCAUGUCGCCACAGGAAGUGGAGCGCGAGGAAGAUGAAGAAGGGCUCGUGGAGUGGGAUUGGAUUGGAGAGGAUAGCCCGAUGCUGGCAGAUGUUACGGAGAGUGAGUGGGUGCUCGAUAGGCUUUGUGAGAGUUUAAACAGGUAUACCAGGAAGCAGGCGGCGAAGGCAAAACAACUCACACUUCAAGUCGACAAUAAAGACUCUCACCACCAUCAUGGCCACGGCGACGAAAACCAUUACGAUCAUCCCGAAUACCCCGCACAUCCCGGGCGCCGUCACCCAAACACUAAUAGUCCGGUCCUGUCCCGUGGUCCUUCGGGCGAUAUCGAAGUCUUGCCUCUAAACAAGGCCCGCGAGCGAAACAAAUAUAAAGAUAAAGAACCAGAGAGGAUCAUUAAUAUCAAUAGGCAGCUUCCCAGUACUAGCGGCAGCGGUGAGAGUAGCGGGACUGCUGUAAAUGAUGGAGAUGAGAUUACUAUGCUU